AUGCGCAUACAAUUCUCCAAGCUAGAGUCCGCACUUCGCAAAACAUUCCAGCUCGUCUUCCUGGAAGGCCCUCUAGACAGCGCCCCAGGACCUGGCGUUCUACCCUUCUUUGAGGAUUUUGGUCCAUACUCCUGCUGGGUCAGCGAUGACAGGUCAUUAUCCCCAGAGGAGAAGAGACAAGAAGAAGCCAACGCAAUUGCAUACAUCAAGACCUUUAUGCUUCAAUACGGCCCUUUCGCUGGGAUCCUUGGGUUUUCACAAGGAGCCCGUGCUGCAGCCAGUAUCUUGCUAGAACAGCAGCGCGAGGCUUUUACUCAUGACUAUUUGUUCGGUGUCUUCUUCUGUGGCACGUUUCCCCCUUUCAUUCCUGAUGCCCCUGAUAUCAGCCUGCCAACCAUACACAUAUUGGGACUCACAGACCCUUAUCUUCGGGAAAGUGAAGUGUUGUUGGAGCAUUGUACACAACAGAGUGUCAGGAGAGUGAUCAAGUUCAACGGGGGCCAUCACAUGCCGACCGGCUCAGACGUCACUCAACAGAUUGCUGAUGUCAUUUCGCUGACAUACAGAACAUCUCAAAGGAAGAAGGUUUCAAGCAUCUGGAAAAAGAAAGUUCCAGACUCUCGACCUCCAGCGCUUGAGAUUUGA